AUCUGCAUAAGAUUUAUUUCACAUUUCUACAUCAACAAAACAAUACCACAACCGCGUUUCUGUUACCACCAAAUUAACGUUUUUAGUCCACGAUUUCCGCUUUUACUUACAGAGAAUGUGAACAGUCGGUGCUCUUUCCAUCUGUACGGAUUCGUUUCUUCCUCCCUUCCACCAAAUUUUGAGUAAUCCAUCUUAGAAUAGACUGCUCUUUCCAAUCUAAAUCUGGGUUUCUGGAGAUACCAUCUUUCUGUUCUCCAUUUUCCUCCUUCAGACCUCGAACCCAGAAAAUAAAAGCAUACACACACAGAGGAAAAAACAAAUACGAGAACAGCAUGCAUGCCGUCAAAAACAGGGUUUACGAUAAGAUUACAGGAUUCUUUUCUGAUUCGCAAUCAUCUGAUGAGACGCUAGAUCAAGAAUCUGAGGCCAGGUCAUAUGCUAAAGAUGCAAACUCGCUGACUUCUGUACUGUCCUUCAUUCUCCCCUCAGCUAGUUUUGAUUGGUUCAGUCCAAAUCCCAACACUAAUGAGGUCAAAUCUAACGAAGCUCAAUCAUUUGAAUGUAGUAGUGAAAGUUCAUCAUGGAAAGAUAACCCCUUGGAUAGGUGUACAGAAACAACUAGCAAGUAUGAGCUCAAAGAAAAUAAACAAUCAGAUGAAGACAAUGGUGAACAUGGGUUGAAAAUGAGCCUGAAUCACAAUCAAGAAUCAUUUGGCGGCCACUUAGAAAAUGUAGAACCUGGCUCCAGGACAAGCUCUAGUGGCAGCUCUGAUGUGUUUGAAGACACCUAUACUCCACGUACUUUUCAGAAGUCUAUGUCCUGCCUGGGGGAUGAAUCUCUUUUCAUUUCUCCAGAUUUGUAUGAAUUCUUUGAGGCAUGCCUUCCUAAUAUAGUAAAAGGUUGCCAAUGGGUCCUGUUGUACAGUACGGCAAGACAUGGUAUAUCACUUCAGACGCUUCUCCGGAGAAGUUCUGGUCUUACUGGGCCUUGUCUAUUGAUUACUGGUGAUAGACAAGGUGCUGUAUUUGGUGGAUUACUUGAUUGCCCUCUGAAGCCUACUGCAAAAAGGAAAUAUCAAGGAACAUAUCAGAGCUUUGUUUUCACAACUAUAUAUGGUGAACCAAGGCUAUUUAGGCCAACCGGAGCCAAUAGAUACUUCUACUUGUGCGUGAACGACUUGCUUGCUCUUGGAGGAGGUGCAAACUUUGCUUUAUGCUUGAAAGAAGAUCUGUUAUCUGGGUCAAGUGGCCCUUGUGAAACAUUUGGCAACAUGUGUUUAGCUCAUGAUGAAGAGUUUGAAUUAAAGAAUGUAGAGCUGUGGGGUUUUACACACGCAUCUCAGUACCUUAGCUGAACCAAAAGAUGAUAUAUUUCCUUGUGUUUUUACCUUGUUGAAUUAUUGAGGCAGGAAUAGCACAACGAUAGGGAUACCUUCACAGGCAAGGCUUGUGCUCAUCAUAUUCAUCGUUGUAGGAGUUGGGUCUCUAGCUCAUUCACUGAGAACUCUGAACUAAGCCCCCCUCGUUGGGCCAAAGCUAAUGAGAUCCUUCUUUCAUUUUUUUUUUCCUAUUAAUAUGUAGAACUAGGGCAGCCUUUUUUCAGCAUACGGGAUUCUGUUUCAUAUAAUUUCAGGUGGCGUGUAUUACAUCA